AUGCAUUCUCAAGCCCCCUCCACACCACCACCACCUCCCAUCCCAAUUGCCGUCCUGGGGGUAUCAUGUCGUCUGCCGGGCGAGGUGCGGACCCCAGCUGAGUUCUGGCGAUUUUGCUGCCAGGCCCGCAGCGCCUGGUCGCCCAUUUCCCCAGCAUCCCGAUUUGACCCUGGGGCGUAUUACCAUCCCAACCCAGACCGAGCGGGCACGACACAUGCGCAGGGGGGUCACUUCCUGUCGGAGGAUCUCGCGCGCUUCGACGCCUCUUUCUUUGGGAUGACCGAGGAAGAGGCCAUGGCAACCGACCCUCAGCAGCGGCUGAUGCUGGAGUGCGCGUACGAAGGGUUGGAGAAUGCCAAUCUCGUACGUAGGCUGUACUCCUCGAGGCUGGGGGAUGGGGAGCGCGUCGGGGUGUUCGCCGCCGGGUCCGCGAGUGACUAUGAGCUGCACAGCUUCCGCGACCUACAGAGUACGACCAGCUUUCAAGUUAGCGGGUGCGCGGCUUCGUUCCUGUCGAAUCGCAUCUCGCAUUUCUUUAACUUCACGGGGCCCAGUGUGACGAUCGACACCGCAUGCUCGUCGAGCUUGUCCGCCUUGCAUUUGGCCUGUCAGAGCCUGCGCAGCGGGGAGUGUACCCAUGCGCUUGUUGGGGGCUGCCACUUGAAUUUAACGCCGGACUCCUUCAUCUCCUUCUCGCUCUCACGGCUUUUCUCGGACUCUGGCCGGUGCUAUCCGUUUGACUCCAGAGGUGAAUCCGGAUACGGACGAGGUGAAGGAGCUGGGUGUGUAGUGCUGAAGCGCCUCGACGACGCCAUCCGUGAUGGCGACCCCAUUCGAGCCGUGGUGAUGAACACGGGCAUGAACCAAGACGGCCACACCCAGGGGGUCGGCGUGCCCAACAGCGCGGCCCAGCGCACCCUCAUGGAAGACCUCUAUCGAGCAGCUCGGAUUAAUCCACUGGAGGUGGGCUAUGUGGAAGCGCAUGGCACCGGAACCCGGGUCGGAGACCCCUUGGAGGCACGCGCCUUGUACGAGUUCUUCGGCCGCGGACGCACGGAACCGCUGUGGAUCGGGUCGAUCAAAUCGAAUUUCGGCCAUGCGGAAGGGGCGAGCGGAGUGAUCUCCUUGAUCAAGACGGUCUUGAUGUUGGAGAAGGACUUCAUCCUGCCCAAUUGUGAUUUCCAAACCGCGCGGUCAGAUAUCCCAUUGGAAGAAUGGAAUCUACAGGUGCCGACAAGGUUGGUGGCAUGGCCUAAGGGAAAGCCCUACGCCAGCGUCAAUAACUUCGGACUCGGAGGAACCAAUGCACAUGUGAUCCUGACUAAGGCGCCUGCGAGAAACGGAAAUUGUUUGUCGAUGAUCAAAUCGCACAACAGCAAGCGACAUCCGCAACGAGGACCCCUUCGGUUCUUCGCACUUUCUGGCCACGAUUCCACGGCCGUCAGUAGGCAGGCUCAAACUCUGGCUCGUUACGUGGAGCAGCAUCCAUUGGCCUAUGACAGCCACUUCAUGGACAGCGUAGCACACACGCUGUCCAAAAGAAGCUUAAAUAUGCCGUGGAGAUAUGCGGUCUCCGCUCGCUCUGCCACUACCCUAGUCAAUCGACUCGCAGCAAAUACAGUACGACCACGACGCGCUCGUGAACCCCCCAUGAUCGGCUUCAUAUUCACAGGACAGGGAUCGCAAUGGCAUGCCAUGGCUCGCGGAUUAUCCGAGAUAUAUCCUGUUUUUGGAAAAGCAAUAAUGGAGGCUGAGGCCCAUCUGGCCGCCAUGGGCGCCGAUUUCUCUUUGACAGAGGAACUUUCGAGGGACGAGCAAACCUGCCAGUUUUCGCGCCCAUCAAUUGGACAGGCCGCCUCCACCGCCAUCCAGAUAGCUUUGACCAACUUGCUUCGGUCGUGGUCUAUCCAUCCAACGGCGGUCAUUGGCCAUUCCAGUGGAGAGAUAGCAGCCUCUUAUGCCGCUGGGGUCUUCAACCUCCAAGAUGCGAUAAGUCUAGCGUAUUAUCGCGGGCUCGCUGCCGAGGCUCUGCGGAAUCGGUUCCCAGAUGCCAAGGGUGGGAUGCUGGUAAUCGGAGCAACCCUCGACGAAGUGGAGCGCCUAAUUGAGGAAGUGACCCAUGGCCGCGUGUCAGUCGCGUGCUUAAACAGCCCCCAUAGCAUCACCAUCGCGGGGUCCAUUGAGGGUAUUGCCCAGGCCCAGGAGAUAGCGACAAAGCAGUCUCUUUUCAACCGCCGACUCGCCGUUGAUGUCGGUUACCAUUGCUUUCAAAUGGAACUCGUCGCUUCCGAGUAUGAGCGUCGGAUCACCAAACUCAAGCCCUCGCAGUCCACCACGGCAUUUUAUUCCUCGACGCGCAGCUGUAGACUUGAUGGCUUAGAGUUGCAGUACCAGUACUGGCUCGAAAGCUUUGUCUCGCCGACGAAAUUUUCAGACGGGCUCUUUUCGCUGCUAAGUGAGGGCACCUCCCAACCACAGAUCAGUUGCCUAAUUGAGGUCGGUCCUUCUGCAACUCUUGAGGGGCCGGUCAAGGAUAUCCUUCAAAGUUUGAGUGACGACAGCAAGGUCGAGUACUUCCCUACCCUCCGUCGCCGGCACGACGCCGGGGAAAUGGUGCACGAUCUUGCUGCUUCUUUGUUCUCCCGAGGAGUGCCAAUCGAUGUUUGUGCCGUGAACCACAGAGAGCCUUCGAUGGCGAAUCUGCCGGACACCCUUCAAGACUUCCCGCCCUACUCCUGGGACCACUCGAAGCGGUUCUGGCGCAAGUCGCGAGUUGCUGAAAACGUUCUCCGACCCCAGGCUCCCCGGCAUGACUUGAUCGGCCUUCGUCUGGCCGAAGGCAAUGACCUGGAGCCGCAGUGGCGCGUCUUGCUGCGCGCCGACGACCACCCUUGGAUUCGCCAGCACCGGUUCCAAAAUAAAAAUCUGUUCCCCUUUGCCGGCUUUGUAGCCAUGGCAAUCGAAGCCGCCCUCCAAGAGGCUAUGCAGCACAGAACUAGCUAUGAUGAUGUAUCCUUGGCGGAGAUCUCAGUGGGCAAAGGUCUUCUAGUCCCGGAUUCCGUUCCUGUGGAGGUCGUCAUAUCCCUACGUCCCCGCCCGGAGGGAUCGACUCAGUCUUCCAAUGCAUGGAAAGAGUUCCGGGUCAUGUCAUGGGCCGAAGAGCGCGGGUGGGAAGAGAAUUGUCGCGGUUUGAUCUCCGUCCAGUCUACCGUGUCGAAUCCAGUCAAUGGCGCUCGUCUGUCGACCGACAGAGCUUGGUUAUUUGCCAGAUCCCUUUCGGACAUUGGAGAUCCUUGCAGGUCGGUAGUCGACAGAGAUUACCUAUAUGAGGAGCUCCGCAGGUGGGGGGUAGAUUAUGGGACUUUGUUCCAGGGGCUGCAUGACUGCACCUCCGGCGGGGGCCGCGGCAAGGCGAUGGCUCUGGUUCCAGAUGUCGUUGCUGCAAUGCCCCAUAACCAUGCGACAGACACUCAAAUUCACCCUGUAACCUUGGAUAUUAUCUUUCAAGUCAUCUGGCUCACCUUGGGAGCAGGGACCAAUGGGCUUCACUGGGCCUCUCUGCCAACAUUCAUUAAGAGCAUCACCAUCCAGCGGCAGGGCAAGACCAAAUCCGGGGACAAGCUCGAGAUCUUCGGGUCUCGAUCUGAGCGGAAGUUGGCGAAGCAGGCCAGUGAGCACCAUGUCUGGGCUUGCUGUGAUGGAAGUUCAGCUCCAAUCGUGCAGAUUGAGGGCUUGGUCAUGACUCCGGUUCAGGACAGUGUGCCGUUGCCGGUGACAACCCGCGCGGAACGAGAACUCGUAUAUGCAUUGCGCAAUGUUUCUACUCUGGAUCUGAUGACACAGCAACAAUUCAAUCGUUAUCUCAGGCCAGAUGAGCCAGCCAGCAUGGCUCAGUCUCAAAAGGCCCGCAUUCUUGCUCAGGGUUCUGCUUGGUGCUUGGCCAACAUCCGGCCUUUGGUUCCAUCUAAGAUGCAUACCAAAGCCCUUGAAGCGCUUUUGCAGCCCCUCGAUUUGCAGGAGAAACCGCCAGCGAUAGAUAUGCUUGAUAGCCUCGGGCCCUCUGGACUCAUUCUAUCCAAGCUUUGUGAUAAGAAGCCCCAGGCCUUGCAAGGAGAGCUUGACCUUCCCAGUCUGAUCGACAAGCACGGCGGUCUUGGCGAGUACACUCUGGAUCUUCCCAGCUUGCAUCAGGUGUAUGAAGCUGUGGCCAAGGCCAUUGAUAUUCUGGCAUCCCAGAGUCCGAGUCUUAGUAUCCUGGAAAUAGGAUCAAUCACAUGUGGGCCUGCUUCACAAAUUCUCCAACGACUUGGUGGAGGCCCGACCGGGCGCUCGGCUCGAUUCUCCAGUUACGUUAGAGCUAUGCCGAGAACCAGCUUGUUCUCGUGGUCUGGACAGAGACUGAAAGACUGGGGCAAUCUAGUCGGCCACAUGCCAGUGGCCCGUCCUGGAGACGUGCCCCUGCAGACCAGUCCCACGGUGAACUACGACGUGGUUAUUCUGUGCUCCAACCCGAGUUCAGAGCAUUGCAUCAUUCAGAGUCUGACUCAAGCUCGUAUGCUGUUGAAACCUAGUGGCAAACUCAUGAUUGUGGAGGAGACCAUGGCUCAUCUUCUGUCACCCCCAUUGUACCUUCUCUCGAUAUUGGGUGACAAGAAGCAUAUUUCUCCACCAAAAUCCUCCGAUGAAUGGCGUGGUGUGCUCCAAGACUCCGGCUUCUCCGGAGUUGACUUGGCUUACAACCCUGCUGAAUUAUCUAGCGCGGAGUCCGCAACAAUCAUUCUCUCCACGGCAAUUGACCGCUCGAAAGGCCUUGCGGGUCGAAGUGUGACAAUUGUGGUUCCGCCUAAUCUCCAAUGGUUCCCAUUGUCCGAUCUGGUCACCAUGGUCGAGAGCAUGACUGGACGCGCCCCCCGAAUCCAGGCAGUAUCGGAUGACACUCCCAUCGAAGAUCUCUGUAUUUUCCUGGGCGCAGUAGAAUCCCCGCUUCUAUCCCAGCUCACGCCACAAUUGUACGAAUGCCUUCAUACAGUACUCACAUCCUCUCGCGCACUACUCUGGGUUCUGCAACGCAGCGACAAUGACGCAAUCGGCACCAUGGCCACUGGACUUGCAAGAACGAUCCGCUCAGAAAGCGGGUCGUGCGUGAUCACCCUCGACACCGACUUUAGCUCCAACACCCCGGCAGGCGAUGUGAUUGAUCCCAUUGCUCGGGUCAUGCAGAAGGCUUUUGUGCAGGACACGGUGGACGGGAUGGAUCAGGAAUACGUCUACCGGGACGGGGUGAUCACUGUCCCUCGCAUCUAUCCCGACGAGGCAAUGAACCGCGAGAUUUAUCGUAAUGAGAACGAGACGCGUAUCACGGGACAGUCUUUCCACCAGCAUGAUCGACCGCUAAAACUGGCAAUAGAGGAGUUCGGCGAUCUGUCUAGCCUUCAUUUCCAGGACGACCUCUUGCUGGAUGACCCACUUGGCCAAGACGACGUCGAGAUCGAGGUGCAUUUUGUGGGCCUGAACUUCAAGGACGUCAUGCAUGCCAACAACCAAAUCCACGUCCCAGGGGGAUUUGGGAUUGAGUGCAGCGGCAUUGUGGUCGGCAUUGGCAGACAGGUCAGCCGCUUUCAAAUCGGAGACCGAGUCUGUGCUAUCUCCGAAGGCAGUUUUGCGAACCGGGUCCGCUGUCGGGCUUCCAGCGCCUGGUGCAUCCCUGACGCCAUGACUUUGGAUGUGGCUGCCACCAUCCCUGUGGUCUUUUGCACCGCUCUCUUCAGUCUGCACCGCGUGGCAAAGCUUACUAAGGGCGAGAGCAUCCUUAUCCAUGCGGGUGCCGGGGGGGUGGGCCAAGCGGCCAUUGUUCUCGCCCAGGCCAGGGGAGCGCACGUCUACGCCACGGUUGGAAGCCCGGAGAAGAAAGCCUUCCUAAUCGAACGGUACAAGCUCCGAGAGGAUGAUAUCUUCUUCAGUCGCGAUGUAUCGUUCGUUGAGAGUGUGCGGCUGGCCACCGGCGGACGGGGCGUCGACGUGGUCCUCAACUCACUGGCGGGGGAUGCUUUGCGGUCAUCUCUCACCUGUCUCGCGCCGUUCGGGAGGUUCAUCGAACUCGGCAAGAAAGAUAUUAUGUCGAACUCAUAUUUGCAACUUGCGCCAUUCGAUUUGAACAUCUCCUUCACGUCGGUGGACCUGAGCGUUUUCAGUAAGGACCGGCCGGAGCUGCUGCAGAGCGUGUUUGCGGAGGUGUUCGAUCUCUUCCAGCAAGGAGUCGUCAAGCCAACAUCAUUGUCCAGCACCAAGUACGAUCUGGCAAACAUUGAGUCAGCUUUUCAGAUGCUGCAGAGCGGGCGGAGUAUGGGCAAGCUUGUUGUUGAUCUGGAAAAUAAGGACGCCGAAGUGAAGGCCGUUACUCGCAACCUCCGGAAAGCAGGCCUUAGCCCUGAGCACACCUACGUAAUUAUCGGGGGCUCCGGUGGGCUUGGGCGUAGUAUUCUCACGUGGUUCGCCGAUCAAGGAGCUCAGUACCUGGUUGCAGUCUACACUCGAGAUAGUAGUCUCGAGAAGAUGCAGACCCUGGUCACCGAGCUCAGCUCCAGAGGAGUAGUGAUCCAGCCUUUCAAGUGCGACAUCGGCCAUGAAAGUCAGGUAGCGGCUCUCUUUGACCAGGGUAUCCGUGACCUGCCGCCCGUCGCGGGCGUUGUUCACAGCGCGAUGGUACUCCGGGACGUCCUCUUCGAAAACAUGACAUUCGAAGACUACGAAGCGGUCAUCCGCCCCAAGGUCCACGGAGUACUCAAUCUGCAUGCGGCCCUAGAAAAAUGCAACGCUCCACUGGAAUUCUUUGUCGCUCUAUCUUCCGUCGCCGGGAUCGUCGGCAACAAAGGCCAAGCCGCGUAUUCCGCCGCGAGCACCUUCUUGGAUUCUUUCUCGUACCUCCAGACGGCCCGCGGCCGGCCAUUCACCAGCAUCGACCUCGCACCGGUGUGGGACACGGGGGUCCUCGCCGGCGACGCGCACAAGCGCCAGCAGGUGCAGGCCACCUUCGCGCACAACGGGAUCAACCAGGCCGAGUUUCUGCGUCUGCUCGAAUGCGCCAUCUUCCAAAAGCCCCAAGCCGAUGGGAAAGAUACCACAGCUCCCCGCCAUCACAUCCUCACCGGCCUCGCGGUCCCCGCGGACGCGAACGCCAGAAAUCAAAUGGAGUGGCCGAAGGACCCCAAGUUCGCUUUCCUGGUCGCGGGAUCAUCAUCCACCGCCUCAGCUUCAUCUACAGAACGCUCGAGGGCGGACCCCACCGUGGACGCAAAGGCUAGCCCCAAAUCCUUAGCUGAAGUCCUCGCCGCCGUUUCCUCGCGCACCGACGCGCAAGAGACCAUUGAAACCGCCCUUGUCCAGAAGCUGUCCGCCGUCGUGAUGUGUCCGGUGGAAGACAUCGAUCGGGCAAAGUCGAUCGCCGUCUGCGGGGUGGACUCGUUGUCCGCGAUCGGGAUCCGGAAGUGGAUUGUGCGGGAGCUGGACGCGCCGCUGAGUCUUUUUGAGAUUAUGAAUAGUCCCUCGGUGCGGGUAUUAGCAAGGCUGUGCUUGGAGAAGGCGAGGUUGAGGUGUUUGGUGGAGUUAGGGGGUGGUUCGAGGUAGACUCUUGGCUUCUACCCUUGAAUAUGUAUC